CACAGGUUUUUUAGAGUUUGGUGGGGAAGUGCCUCAGUCAAAAGAAGUAAUAGAGGCAUCUGAGGCUCUGGUUUUCAUGCUUGUCUCUAUUAAAGGCAAAUUUAUAUGCCCGAUUGCAUAUUUCUUUAUCAACGGUGUACAGGCAAAUAAUCAGGCCACACUGAUGAAAUCUGCUUUAGAGAGGCUGCAUAGUUCUGACAUUAGGGUUUGGUGUGUUACAUGUGAUGGCUGGAAGAUUGUAGCAGCCAUUGGGGUGCCUGUCUGGCCAGCUUCUGCAGCUUUCACUUUCAGUAUGAAUUCCACAAGAGCAAGGAAGGUCACCGGUAUGGCCAGUCUUGGAAAACCUUGUCUGCAAUAUGAAUUAAGAAUUUGGAAGCAAAGUGAGGAAUGUAGCAUGGUGGAACUUGCUCAGUGGACGGGCUGCCUUGCCUCCCUGCGUGGUGUUAGUAAUGAUCCUCCUGUGUUUGUUGUUGGAGCUUAAAAGGUUGCAAGAUGAUGAUGUGCUUCUAUUGGCGUGAGGAUGAACAACAUAUUGAGAUUAAUGUUAGUCAUGAAAGAGGAGAACCACCUCCAAGGGAACUGAUAACAGUGCAUUUCCUUACUAACUGCCACUUGGACCUGUUGAAGUCGAGGACAACUUGGUGAGAAAAUGUGAAAAAGCUCAUUAAAAGUGUGAAAGUGCUUGUGAAAAAUAUUAAACAUUGAGCAAGUGACAUUUUCUGCCUGAAAGUGAACUGCAAUGAGCAGUGUAAUUUAGUUUCUUUUGUAAGCCAUGAGGAUUUAUUUUGUUUAGCAAGACAGGACUUGUACAAAGUGAUAUGUAUCUUUGAAUGUAAUCCUUGUUUAACCCAAAAAUGACAUCACUUAUGAUGAAGAUGCCAAAUUUUUAUUAAAAGUAUAA